UAACAUACUCCAUUCAAAUCCAGUCUUUUAUUGUAUGAUUGCACUCCUGAAACUUGAUAAUUUAGAAUCAUGAUGAAAUGUUUAAUAAUAACAGGUAUAGCUUCUCUGAUUGUGCUUUGUGAAUCGCAGAGUAAUAACAAUCAGAAACACAGCCCGUUUAAUGUUUUGGAUAAUUCAGUUCAGACAGGUCAAGAAAAAACAGCACAACGCUCAGUUGUUGAGGUAAUAAAAGUGCCAUCAAACAUUGUGACCAGUAAAUUGUCUAGCACUCCAACAGAUGCAGGAAAUAGAGAUAGAAGCCCAUUUAGUCGACCCGAACUGGUCUUGUGGCAUAAUAAUACCAGAUUAAAGCAAGAUAACUCACCUGAAACAUGGCUUUCAUCUGUAGAAGCUAGACAAAAGCAGAACGCGAAUGAUAUCCCUGAUAUAUUACAUAUUGAUCUAGAAAGAGAAAAAUCAACCCAAUCAAGUGUUAGAAAAAUUAAAUAUAAAAUGGAUAGACGGAAGCAACAUCAGCCUAGCAUAAGCGUCUACCAAGAUAAUACACAAAGGGACAUGCAUGACGCUGGGCCUGGUUUGACACCAUGGACUCGAUAUACUACAAAACCAAAAGUUCAGGGUGAAAUAAGUGGAUCACUUUCCAAAGCUACAGGUCAAUGUGGUUACCAGAGAUAUUCACCUAGAACUCAAAUCUGUUGCCAAGGUCAAAUAAUUCGAAGACAAGGAAUCAAACCUUCGUGUUGCGGCACCUUGACCUACGAUGCAGUAUUUAAUAAAUGCUGUACAGGUGUAGUUACCUUCAGAUCACCAGUUGAGCCAGACUGUUGAACGAUUUGUUUCAAGUUAAAGAUAUUGAUUGAAUAAAAGUCUGUAAGUGGAUAGCUAUGAAUUCAUGUUUGUUUUUAAAUAAUUUUGAAGAAACAAACAAUGUAAAAAAAAUUAAAACAAAACACUCUGCUACUCACAUGUUUCUUACAAAGCCUUUUAAUAGUAAAGAAAAAAACACUGAAAUUCACAAACUGCAAUUGACAGCUAUGCUAACGAUUCCGCAUUGGUGGUACAAGUUAUAUUUUAAAAAGUUGGUUUUUAAUUAUUUUUUUCGCAACACCCUGCCCUAGUGCCAUAUUUGAGAGGUUAUAUCUGUAAAAGUAUAUGUCACAAACAGAAUCUUUUGAACAACACAAACAUACAUACACAGAGAACAGACUCAAUAUUUUCAAACCUCAAAAAUAGGUAGGCCUACAUUCAAAUUGGCUUUUCUUACUUUUUGAUAAAAUUAACAAUUUUUGUACAUUUUAAAAAAUGUCCGAUGAAAGGGCAUACACACGUUUGAUCAGAAGAGAGCAAUGGUUCAGUCUUUUUAAAGAAAAUUAAAAAAAUAAAUUAUGACGCAAACAGUAGAUCUGGGUACACAGAAAUAAAGAAUUACUAGUCUCUAGAAUCAGUAGUAGGCCUAUAUUAAAAAGUAAGAACAUUUAUUUAGAAAGCCUCAGUCAAUGUAUCUUUAUGUGAUAAAUGUGUAUUUAUACGUAGUUCUACAAUUAUUGCGGUAUGGUAGGGCUACACUAAAAUACACUUGCGGGAUGAUAUA